CAACCGCCAUUAAACAAAAGAAGAAGAAGGCAGAAGGCUACGACGACGAAGAAGGUGGAGGAAUAAUAGUCUAAUAUGUGGUAAAAAAAGAAAAAAAAAGUCUGAUUUCUGGAAGCAAAUGAAUCAUUUGAUUAAAAGGAAGCUGCAUUUUUUAAACAAUAUUUCCAAGACCCUAUAAUAAAGACGCUUCUGUGUUCGAGAGGGCGUGAAGAUCCCUCGUGUGUGUAGAACUUUUUUGAAAAAUGUAAAUGUGAGAAGAUGGUAUUAAAAGAGAUUCCAACAGACAAUAUCACUCGCCCUUUGGGCAGGAAUGAGGUCAUAGGUUUACUCUUCCGCCUCACAAUAUUUGGUGCUGUCACUUAUUUUACAAUAAAGUGGAUGGUUGAUGCGAUUGAUCCAACAAGAAAACAGAAAGUUGAGGCACAAAAACAGGCAGAGAAACUUAUGCGGCAGAUUGGAGUGCAGAAUGUGAAGCUUUCUGAAUAUGAGAUGAGUAUAGCAGCUCAUCUUGUGGAUCCGUUGACUAUGCAGAUUACAUGGCAUGACAUUGCAGGUCUGGAUGAAGUCAUAACUGAGCUGAAAGACACUGUUAUACUUCCGAUCCAGAAGAGGCAUCUGUUUGAAGGAUCUAGGCUUCUUCAGCCACCCAAAGGUGUGUUGCUGUAUGGGCCUCCAGGCUGUGGGAAAACUCUUAUCGCUAAAGCUACCGCCAAAGAGGCUGGAUUCCGCUUCAUCAACCUGCAGCCUUCCACUCUCACUGACAAAUGGUACGGAGAGUCCCAGAAACUAGCCGCAGCCGUGUUUUCUCUGGCAAUCAAACUACAGCCCUCUGUUAUCUUCAUUGAUGAGAUUGAUUCCUUUUUGAGGAAUCGCUCAAGUUCAGAUCAUGAGGCCACUGCCAUGAUGAAGGCUCAGUUCAUGAGCUUAUGGGACGGGCUGGAAACUGACUUCAACUGCCAGGUCAUAAUAAUGGGAGCCACAAAUCGGCCACAAGAUCUUGAUUCUGCUAUACUCCGAAGGAUGCCUACAAGAUUUCACAUCAAUCAGCCGAAUAUCAAGCAGAGGAAAGACAUAUUGAAACUGAUCCUGGAAAAUGAAAAUGUGGAAUCUGCUGUGGACUUUGGUGAAAUUGCAAAACAGACUGAUGGCUUCUCAGGAAGUGACCUCAGAGAGAUGUGCCGAGAUGCUGCUCUGCUUUGUGUGCGUGACUUUGUGCACCAAGAAAGUCCAGUGGAAGACUUCAUCCGUCCCAUCGGGCAGGAAGACUUGAAGAGGGCAAUUGAGAAGAUGAAGAAGUCUAAAACUGCAGGAGUGCAAGAGGCAUUUAUGCACGUACCACUGGACUGAAUGUGAUGCUGCUAUUUUAAAAGAACAAGAAACUAUAUUUGGUCUGUUUUUCUUUUUUUUUGUGGCAUAUCAUGUCAUGUUUUGUAAAAGGGGGAACUCAGGAUUUACAAAUGGUGGAAGAGUUUUUUUUCUCUAAUCUUUUUUUGCACUGUAAUUUCCAAACUCUGUUUUUGCCACUCAAGCAAUGAGCCUUAUUCAAAAAAAAAAAUGAGUGAAAUCUGAGUAAACCAUUCUCAAGUAAAUAGUCACAUUUGAGACAAUGGGACAGUUUAUGAAAGAAUGAACGACUUACAUAAAACUCAUUCUGCUUGUGUUCCAAGAAUGAGGUCCAUUGUGUUUGUCUUUAUAGGUUUGGUUUGGGUUGUGUUUGUUUAAUAAAACCCCGUGAGAUGUUUAAGAAGAUGGGCAACAUCUUCAUAAACGUGUAGUUACUAUUACCAGUUACGUAUAAGGCAACUAUUUUCCCCUGCAAGAAUUAUUUUUUACAUCACCAACCAUGUAACAUUUCAGCUGAUCUAUAAGAAUGAAGUGUGAUCAGUAACACUUUUAACAACUUUCAACUGUUUUGCCCCAGUGAGUGAAUGAUUUGAACGAUGAGUAUAGAUUUUUUGGCUUUUUACAUUGAAUAAAAUGUUUUAAAUGUUGAAUUUAGCCUAGAUUAGAGGGAGUGUAAUGGCCUGUUGUAUAAAUAUUUAUUUGCGAAACAUAUACUUGCACAAAAUAUUUGGGGCCAGUGCCAAGCCACUGCUAUGUAUGUACUCAUCAGUCAGGUGUUAUUUCUGGGGUUUGAAUGGGCAAAGGAGUAUUGAAUAAGUGGAAAGAAACAAUAUUCUUCUGAAGAGAUGUUUAUGGAUUGAUGCACCACUUUAGAAUGCUGAAAGUUUUUUUCCGUUACUAGGUUUCUUAAUCUGCAGUAGUCCAUUGCUCUCUUCGGUUUAAAUGUAUUUAUAAGUCAGAAUAUAUUUAAAAUGUUUUGUUUACACUGUACAAGAGUUAGAUAACCAUUGCAUUCUCUUAAUUAAGUUUAUUGGAAUUACUGCCCGAUGCACAUAUCAAAUAUUGUAAGAAAUGACAAAGUGUAAAUCUCAAAUUUGCACAAAAAGUAGAAUGAAGUACAUACAUUUCCUGUGAGAGAAUAAAUAUGUUUAGGUUAGUCCAAUAAGAAAAUGGCAAGACAAUAAAUAUGCUCUUGUUCCUUCA